UUCGGACGCCUCUGGGCGCGCCAGGGCGUAUAUUACCUCCGGGCCAGACGCCGCGCCAGCUAUCUGGACUCCGCUCCUCUCCGGUGUAAGACGUGCCGCUCCCUCGAGACUUUGUGGCAUCGUACUUUGUGAUUUAAAAGAUUCUGAAACUCUGUUACCGGCAGAAAGAAAAAGUUAUUAAAAGCGGAAUAGUGAAAAAAACGUGAUUGGCAGUGUUGCAAAUCUCGUGUGACGGUUUAGUGAGAGUUAAUUGCUUGUUUCCAAGAUGUCGGUGACACUUAUUAUCAGCAGCAGAAGGCUGUGCACGGUGGCGAUGGGGUGCGUCCUCCUCGCCAUCACGUCGCCGAUCGAGGCCAUCCCCACGGUCUUCAACAACGAUGUCUACCUCAACCCUGUUCCGACGGCGGCCCAGCAGGAUUGGCCUCUCGAUCUGGUGAGAAAUAUGAGCCAGACAACAGACCUAAGGGAGUUUAUCAUGAAAUUUGUUGAGGACGAGAGAAUCUGCACGUCAAAAACCCUCCAUGAACUGAUUGUCGGAAAGAACACCUCGGACAUCUCUGCUCACUUGUGGUGGAACAAGCGGUGCGGAGGCAACCGCGGCGGCAUCAAGACGGUCUCUCCGCUCUCCGAAAGUACGUUGAUCAGAUACCGUCGCAAAAGUUCAAAUCGUAGAAGUACCUCGCAGUCCCCUGACAUGUCUGCAAGUGAACGCAAGAAACUCGACAAACUGAUAAAGAACAAGAACGUGCAGUGCAAACCCAAGAAGGCCGUUGUGGAGCUCCCCAACGACGAGAAGCCCUUGGUGAUGCUGAAGCCUUCGUGCGUGUACAUCAAGCAGUGCGGAGGCUGCUGUGACUCGCCGCUGCUGGAGUGUCUCCCCGAGGUGGUCAAAGUGCGCAAGUUUAAGGUCCUCGCCUUCGAGAAGAAAUUAAACAACAAGGUUCGAUUCCAAAGUUAUCAGACUCUCAAGACAAUCAGGAUUCAGGAACACAAGAAAUGCAAGUGCCAGUGUAAGGAGCGCGCGGAACACUGUACAGAACAUCAAGUGUACGAUGAAGGUGCUUGUAGGUGCACCUGUCCUGCAGAUGUUAGCAAGUCCUGUUCAGAUGGAAAGAUUUGGGACGAGAGGAAGUGUGCGUGCGUGUGUAGCGACGUUUCCGAUUGCACUACUGGCAGAUACUUCGACAACAGCACCUGCAGAUGUCUGAGGACUUGACUCGCAUUCCAGACCGCCUUGUGGCUGAGUGUCCCGGCCCCCACCCCCCCACACAAGCCUAAGGUCUCGGCCCAGCUGGACUAGGAGCUGAGCACUGAAUUUUGAUCCGUUUCUGAAAUUAUCAGCAGUCUAUAAUAUGGUAUAUCUUGCAAGCAAGAGAAACGAAGAAAAAAUAAACAAAAUCUUCAUCAGGUGAAAUACCACACAGCACUACAUGUAAAGAUUGUAUAGCCCCGUAUGGAUUGCAAUUUACACAAUCCAUAUUCCUUUUUACUGUGAUUAUUUAGUCAUUAGUUUAAUUUAAGUGUUAACUUGUCCAAGCGGCGAGCCGGAUAUCUGUUUCCUAAGAGAAGUUAUAUUUCCUUUCAUUCUCCUGCCGAUCUCGGGUGUUUUUUCUCAGAAGACCAAUAACCGCGCGCUGCAUCCCUAUGGCACGCGCUGGGCCUGUUCUUUCCAUCGAUAUUGUAAACAUUAUGAACUGUCCUUUGUUCCCCAUUGAUUUGACCUGAUUUCUUUCAUGGAUUUAUAGGGAGGUAUUUGUAUUUAAUCUAUAUUUAUUUUAAUGUAUUAUAUUUUUAUAUCAAAUCAUUACAUGUGUAGGAAAUGUAACCUU